AGGAAAAGACUACAUCUGACACGAUUGCACGUCGGAGUCCGAUAGUACGAUGCAAAGCGACCUUCGUCGGUGUUAACAAUAUUCACCGCUUUCUCGUGCAGCGACCAUAGCUCCAGAAGUAAAGAAUGGCCCAAGGGAUACCAUGUCAGCUACUGAUGAACGCAACCCGAAUAAAUUAUUUAGCGGAAGUGGCAAAAGAUGCUGCACUUUUACAAGGUGUGCUUAUGAGGAGUAAAGAAUUCCCCAACUCAUCAGAGGUGGUAACGUAUGCUCCCAUCACACUCUUCCCCACGCCAGUACCAAAAGCUCUUUUCUUUCAAGCCAUGGCAGUGCAAACUCACUACAACACACUUGUGGAUAAAAUCAGCCAGGAUCCUGACUUCCUGCAAGAAGCUCUUGCCAGCACCAUUGUGGUGGAUGAUUUCACUGCAAGGUUGUUCAAGAUCCACCAGAAGGUCCUUAAAGAAGGAAGGUUGCAGUCAAUUGUGCUGGGUUUGAAUCGAUCCGACUACAUGCUGGACCAGAAAGAGGAUGGACACACGUCUCUGAAACAGAUCGAGAUCAACACCUUUGCUGCUAGUUUUGGAGGCCUCUCAUCACGCACGCCUGAUGUGCACCGACACAUUCUUCGGGUGGCUGGCCAGCUGGAGGAGAGCCAGCGCAUCAUCGACAACAACCCUGCGGUGGGUCUGGCCAAGGCUGUGGCCAAGGCCUGGGAGCUCUAUGGAUCAAAUCGAGCGGUUGUCAUGUUCUUGGUGGAGGAGAACCAGAGGAACAUCCUGGAUCAACGACUCAUCGAGAAUGAGCUGUGGAAAAGGAAUAUUACCGUCAUACGAAAGCGUUUUGAGGAUGUCUCUGAAUCUGGAAAACUAGAUCAGGACAAGAAACUGUUUAUUGAUUGUCAGGAAGUUGCAGUGGUCUACUUCAGGAAUGGCUACAUGCCUCAGAACUACAAGUCUGAACAGGCCUGGGAUGCCCGCCUGAUGAUGGAGUGCUCCUUGGCUGUGAAGUGUCCGGAUAUCAGCACUCAACUUGCUGGAACUAAGAAGGUUCAGCAGGUGCUUGCUAAGCCUGGUGUUCUGGAACAUUUUUUCCCAGACCAGCCACAGGUAGUGGCACAAGUCAGGGCCACAUUUGCUGGCCUCUACACUCUGGACAUGGGAGAAGAAGGCGACAAAACAGUCGCAAUGGCUUUGGCGACACCAGAUCGGUUUGUCCUGAAGCCUCAGCGAGAGGGAGGAGGAAACAACAUUUACGGACAAGAGAUUUGUAAGGUUUUGGGCCAAGUGAAGAAUAGUGCUGAGAGGAUGGCCUAUAUUCUGAUGGAUAAAAUCCAGCCCGUGCCUACACAGAACUACUUGCUGAGAAGAGACACACCCCUCAAAAUCAGUAAUUGUCUAAGUGAACUGGGCUUCUUUGGAGUUUAUGUCAAGCAGGGUAAAGACAUGGUGAUGAACGACUGUGUGGGCCAUCUUCUGAGGACCAAGAGUUCAGAACACUUGGAUGGGGGUGUUGCUGCAGGAGUGGCAGUUUUGGACAACCCACUCCUCUUCUGAGAAGUUGCACUAGUAUUUGUGCUGCAAAAGACUCACAUAUUAUGUGUUUAAUAGCAAUAUCCACUGCUACCUCAUGCAAAUUCACAUGGAGACAUAAUAAAGUCAAAUGGUACCUCAGGCAGUGCUAAAUCCAAAAUUUAAUGUUAAUCAGGAUUGCUGAGAGAAAUCAUUCAAAACGAGCUAGACUUAUGCUUUAUCUACUUUAUAUGUUGCUCAAAAUGUUUUUAACAGCCAGAUAUUCAUUUAUUUCAAAAUGGAUUAAACGAGGCCUGACAUUUGCAGCAAUGAAUGUUCUCUGGGCACCAACUACUGUAGCAAAACACUUUUUU